CAGUAACAUUGUUGCUGUGAACAAGUGCUCAUGUGUGUUAGUGUCAAUAAAAAGUUUUUCAUUAUUUGGUACGAUCAGAAAAUUCGGCAAUAUAAGCGGUUUACUUAGUUAUUGCACGCUGCGUCAGUUGGCGUCGCUGCUGAACAACAUGGAUAUCGAUGACGAUGACCAGGACGAGCACGCAAAUACCUCGAUCUACGACGAUUCUUUGGACUAUGGCUAUUUUAAUAUGGCACACGGAAUGCUCGUGGAAAUUACCGAGGAACUGCACAAAAAAUUUCCAGAUGAGAAAAUCAAAUUCUCAUUGGUGAACACCAUAUUUUUGGCGGCACGCAGCAGUCAGAUGAUGAGAUUUGUUGAGGCCCUAAACACGAUCAACUCGAAGGAAAUGCAAGUUCAUUUGGUUAAUACGAACUUUGAUCAGCCCGAUGGCCAAUCGCUAACGCCUCUCACCAUGGCCGCCAUGUCGGGCAAUGUGACGUUCGUUAAGACGCUGCUCUCUCAUUACGACGUGGACCUGGAACGGGAAUGCAAUGUCAUAUUCGAUGGGCUGGUGGUGUAUGGCGCCACAGCCUUGUGGGUAGCCGCUGGCAUGGGCCACUUGCAGAUUGUUAAGAUGCUGGUGCAGGCCGGCGCCUCCAUCAAUCACAACACCAAGGCGCAAUCCUCGCCGCUACGCGCUGCCUGCUACGAAGGUCGCUUGGACAUCGUGGAGUUUCUGCUGGAACAUGGCGCCGAUGUGAAUGCCACAAACUUGUUCAACAACAACACGCUGAUGAUAGCCGCCUACAAGGGUCAUCAUCUGGUUGUCAAUACGCUGCUGCAGAAUGGCUCGCGCCCCAACGACCAAGCGCUGUGUGGAGCCACAGCUCUGCACUAUGCUGCGGAGAGCGGCCAUCUGGAUGUGGUCAACGCUCUGCUCGAUCAUGGCGCCACGCUGCAGAAGAAUGAGGCAGGAAUAACUCCAGCACUGCAGGCUGCAGAGCGAUUGCAUGAGGAUGUAGUGGAGGCCUUCAUCCAGCGCCCUGGACUGAUGAGCAAAGAGGAGCAGAUCACUGCGCUGGAGCUGCUAGGCGCUACGUAUGCGAACGAUAAGACGAAGUAUGACGUGAAUCGCGCUUACAGCUAUUUAAUGCGUGCCAUGCAGAUGCGCUACAGCGAUCCGAGACACGUGAUUCGUAAGAAGGUGCAACAGCCGGUACCUGCAUAUGACAGCUGGUUCGAGACGGAGAACUUGCCCGAAUUGAAUGCCAUCAAGCUGAAUCAUCACUCCAUCCACAUGGAGUCGUUGGCCAUACGGGAGCGUGUGCUGGGAAAAAACAAUCCGGAAUUGCCACAAGCGAUUGUCUAUCGAGGCGCUGUAAUGGCAGAUCAGGGCCGAUUCGAGCAGUGUCAAGUGCUGUGGAACUAUGCCAUCGAUCUUCGCAUGCGCAACAAUGUCAGCGUGGAUCGCGAUUUGCUGCGUUUUGCGCAGCUCUUUGCGCAGAUUUUGCGUGUGGAGAACCAUCGCCUGACCCUGGACCAUGUGCUGCCCGUGUUGACCAAAUGCCAGCAGGAGAUUGAGAACAACAAGCUAAAGAUGCGGAACGAUAAGCCCAACACCUGCGUCAGUCUGCUGCAGGACCAGAACAAUCAGAACUGCAUCACAGCGUUGUAUUUAAUUAAGAUAGUCACUCAGCUAGCACGUCGCAAGAAGGAUCAGGACAUCAAUGAGGAUCACAUACAGCAGCUAUUCUUAGUGGUUCGUAAGUUUAUACAGAACGACACACGUCUGCAGGAUGGACAAACGCUGCUGCAUCUGGCCGUGAACGGUGUGACACCCAUAGACGAAUUCUACACCAACGAAAUGUGCAAAUUCCCCUGCUAUGCAACUGCUUUGGUUCUGGUGCACUGCGGCGCCUCUGUGGUGGCUGUGGAUGCGGCCAGGAAUACGCCGCUGCAUAUCCUAGUGACGAAGAUAAACAGCUCGCAGGAUCGCCAGGGCGAGAUGACGCGCAUAUUGCAGCUAUUCGUGGAGGCAGGCGCACAUUUGGAUGCGGUGAAUGCAGCGGGUCAAACAGCAGCUGCAGCCUGCAAGCUAGCCAACUUGGCCAACCUGCUGCAUGGCCAUCAGAACGCGCACACGACUCUGAAAUGCUUAGCGGCGCGCUGCAUUGCCAGCAACAGAAUAAGCUUCAAGGGCAUGAUACCCAAGCAGCUGGAGGCGUUUAUACAAAUGCAUAGCGUCCAUAAGGUGCUCUCAUAGAUGCA